CCCUCUUGGAGAUAAAGAGCCUAGUUGUCGAACUGGCUGCUGUGAUAUGAAGGCGUCGCUUCCUUACUCCUACGUGUCCUUAUCCUCCUCCUCAUCUUCUUGCACUUGUCUCAGGAGGUGCACUCCUUAUCCACUUAAGUGCUGCCAAGACACAUGGUCUAUCACACAAGUGUCCGUUAUAUCGCUCAAACUGUUCUCACGAUGCAACAUGUUGCCGCUACCAUGCACAUCAAAGCGCAUGCCGUUCAUGCUGUUGUCUGCGACUGUAUUGGUGCGCAAAGGAGGGCCAGGAGUGUUUGGUGGCUUUAACAGGAGAUGAUGAACAAGCUGGACAUAUAGCGGAUACUCGCAAUAAUAUUUGCGAGAAUGUAGACGCGAAUUGCAGACGUUAAGAGUCGUCACUGUCGUCAGACUCCUAAUACUUGGCGACUU